CCUCAGAACACGCCUCUAAUUUCACUUCCUCCGCGAGCCGCGCCUGGGACGGGGCUGGCUGACUUCAGCCCAGAAACAAAACACCAUGUAAAGAAGAUUAAAACACAUUUAGUGCGAUAUCCCUGUCAUACGGACCCCUCUGAAUUGCUUGCGGCUCUGCGGUUAAGAAAGAGAGGAGCGGACGAGCUGAGCGAGUGACAGUGAAAAGAGCUCGAGAGGACGUGGCAGACAGUUAUACCAUGCAGGUGAAUGAUGGCCCCAGCAGUCACCCCAUUUUUGUGGCUCCUGUCAAUGGCAAUGCUCAGCGGUCGCCAGGAUAUGUUCCAGGCAGGAUCGUUCCAGUUCGUUCUCCGCCCCCAGUCAAAGCUCCUCCACCGCCCCCAUUGAAGCCCUCCGUCCCGCCAACUGCACGACCUUCAAUGUUUAAUCUGUCUGAAGAUGGGAACAGAAGGGAACAAGCCCAGAACCAGCAGAGGAAGAACACUUACAUCUGUGUCGGCAUCUUUUUUGGCAUUUUCCUCCUGAUUCUCAUACUCGUCCUCAGCCUUACCUCUAAAGAUGUUUUGGAUGAAAACUGCCCUCAUCAAAACCCUGCUCUGCGAUCCUGGAAGCCGGGUCACGAUCUCAAAAAGGUGGUGGUGAUACGCAGCGGUGAACAUUAUCGCCUAGAUUCAUCUGCCACCUUGUAUUCGAUCACAAUCCAGGCUGGAGGUUCUGUAGUCUUUGCGGAUGAUAAAAAAGGGUCUAAAAACAUCACGUUACGAACACGGCACAUUUUGAUUGAAGAUGGCGGCGCUCUCCAUAUUGGAGCUCCAAAAUGUCGAUAUCGCUCUCUGGCUACUAUCACCCUGGUCGGCCGAUCAGAUGAAACCGCCGUGACUGAGGUUCCAGGGAUGGGUCGCAAGUUUUUGGGUGUGAAUUCUGGAGGAACUCUGGAGCUCCAUGGGUCAGAGAGGAUGUCUUGGACCUUCCUCACUCGCACCGUGCCUGCUUCAGGGUUGGCUACGGGUGACCAUGCCUUUCAGAAGAACUUCAGUCGUGGAAUUAACCUGCGGGUGGUUGAUCAGGACACGGCGGAGGUGCUGGUUAAUGAGCGCUUCGACACGCAUGAAUCUCAAGAUGACAGUAAAAGGCUGGGUGAGCUGCUGAAGGGUCUGCCCGCAGGACGCAUCGUUGCAUUGGCCACUGGUGAUUCUGCGGUGAAGAACCUGCGGGUUGACACGAAACAAACCAUCCACGAUCUUCUUGGGAGCAACAAUAUCAGUGAUCUUAAAUACAGGGAUGCCUGGGCCUUGGUCUCGGUAAUUGGUGGAGGGAAUGGUUCUUGCACAGAAGACGUUAGAGAACAUGAGAACCAUGACACGGGUGGCAAGGCGCUGGCUCGCCGCGACUUCUUUACUGUGGAUGGUAUCGGUUUCACUGUUACUGCUUACAGUGAAUGGAGUAAUGGUUACCCUACUACAGGCUUCCAAGUGGAUGCAGUGGAUAAAGUAGUUCUGAACCUGCAAGAUGAUGUAAGCAGCUGGAAUCCGGGUGAUCGGAUUGUGGUGGCCAGCACAGAUUACUCCAUGUACCAGGCAGAAGAGUUCACCCUCCUCCCUUGUCCAGACUGUGACAGAAAGCAGGUUCGAAUUCAAGGAAAACCUCAGUUCAGCCAUGUUGGCGAGAUCCUGGACGGCGUAGACAUGCGUGCGGAGGUUGCUCUCCUCUCAAGGAAUAUCCUCAUUCAUGGAGAGAUGGAAAAUUCCUGCUACGGAGGAAACUGGUGCCAGUACUUCAGCUACGACACCUUCGGGGGACACAUCAAGAUUUUGGGGAACUUCACGUCGGUACAUCUGUCUCAUAUCGAGCUGAAACACAUGGGUCAGCAGCGGGAGAAGGGCAGAUACCCUGUAAACUUUCAUAGGUGUGGAGAUGUGGACCAGAGUGGAGGAUACAGUAACCCUGCAUAUGUGGACUCGCUCUCCAUUCAUCACUCUUUCUCUAGAUGCGUUACUGUACACGCCACAAACGGCCUGCUGGUCAGGGACACCAUUGGCUAUGAUACGCUGGGACACUGUUUUUUCCUGAAGGAUGGAAUUGAACAAAGGAACAUAUUUUUCCAUAACCUAGGCUUGUUGACCAGACCAGGAACCAUUCUACCUACUGACCGCAAUGACAGCAUGUGCACAGAAAUCACCGACAGGGUAUACAAAGGAUAUAUACCAAUUCCUGCGAAUGAGUGCAAGGCAGUGUCUUCAUUUUGGAUCGCCCACCCCAAUAAUCAUUUGAUCAGUAACUCAGCAGCUGGAUCUCAGGAUGCAGGAAUCUGGUAUGUUUUCCACAACUCGUCUACAGGUGACUCUCAUGGAAUGAUUUCAGAGACAAAAGCUGAGCUCACGCCUCUGGGCACCUUCUUUAACAACCGGGUUCAUUCCAACUUUAAGGCUGGCCUCUUUAUUGAUAGAAAAGUCAAGAGCACCAAUGCUUCUGCAGCAGACCCACGUGAAUAUCUCUGUUUGGACAACAGUGCUAGGUUCAGGCCUCAUGAGAGCUCUGAUCCCAGCAGGCCACGGGUGGCUGCAAUCAUUGAUACUCUCAUCUCCUUCAAAAAUAAUGAUCUGGGUGCUUGGAUUCGUGGAGGUGACAUCAUCAUACGAAACUCAGGAUUUGCAGACAAUGGUGUUGGACUGUCAUUCGCAAGUGAUGGCAGUUACCCGAAAGAUGAAGGCUCCAGUCAGGAGGUCUCUCAGACUCUGUUCGUUGGUGAGAGCAGAAAUCGUGGCACCAAUGGAGGUCAAAACAAAUACUGGGGCAUCGGUGGAGUUGACGGAAAGAUGAGGACUCUUCCUAGAAACAAGACGUUUCCCAUCCGAGGUUUUCAGAUAAAUGAUGGUCCAGUGAGGAUCUUUGACAGCACGUUUCGGGCCUUCAGUCCCACAGCAGAUCGCUUUACUAUGGCUGUGGGCUUCAGUCUGAAAAACAUCUGGCAGCUGACACCCAGAAAUAACCUGUCUGCUCUCGCCUUCCAUCCUAGUGUGACUCUAAGAGCAUUUUUUGGCCGACCAGGUGAUUGGUUUGAGCAGAAUGAUCUGGACGGUGAUAAAAAUUCAAUUUUUCAUGAUCUUGAUGGUUCAAUCAGUGGUUAUGCGGAUACUUAUGUGGCAAGAGCUGACAACUUCCUGAUCCGCCACCCGCAGUGUGUGGAUGUGCCUCAGUGGAAUGGAGUUGUGUGCAGUGGAAAAUACUCUCAGGUGUACAUACAGACGCAGGCUGCAUCUAAUCUGAGCCUGUCCAUCAGUAGAGACGAAUACCCUGAUAAACCCAUGGUUCUCAGAGGUAUCAGAACCAAGACAUCUCCAUCUCAGCAGUACCAGCCUGUGCUGAUGAUGGGCAAGAGUUACACCAUGCACUGGAAUGGACCUGCACCCAGAGAAACAGUCCUGUCACUCAUUAAUUUUGACCAGGAUGAUGGGGCUCUUCUCGGCCUCUGCUACCCCAAUGAAACAGUCUUCCAGAUCACCUCAGACAUCUACAACAAGCAGAACAAUGGUUUCGAAGGAAUAGAGGAUUACGGCCCUGUGACAUCCAUUGCAGACCUAGAGAAACGACAGCAGGAGAGGAAGUACUUCUUCGACAAAUCUGCAGGUCUGUUAUGGCUGUAUGCACGAGCUCGACACAGACGUGACGGCAACAGCUAUUGCUCCUCUGCCGGCUGCGAAAGAGUCAAGAUCAUCGCCACCAUACGUGCCAACCAAAAGACUGAGACCUGCAACUGCACCGCCAAUGCCUACCCCAAAUACAGCAAACCUGCCAGCAACAUAGUGCCUAUGCCAAAGCCCAACACGGAGCCCUGCGGAGCCUGUGGGGCCUCACAGUUUGCCUUCUCCAGUGAUCCAUGGAACAGCUACCUCCAAACGCAGAUCAAAUCCCUCAGUGUGAAAGAAGAGCAGGAUAAUGACACGCAAGCCUACAUUACAGUGAAUGCACAGAGAUUUGACCUCAGCCAGUCUGGGUUUCUUCUAGUGACUGUGGAUGCUUGCUCUGGAAAAGUCACAAAGAACUCAAUGUUUUCAUCGCUGGACACUAAAAUGGAACAGUUUUUUAAAACUGGAAUUAUGAAGAGGUCAAUAGUUCUUUUUGCCACAAGAGGUCAGCCUGCUAGCUUUGCUGGUGUCGCACAAUACCUGAUGUCUUUGGGAUCUGCUAAAACACCAGACCUUCAGAAUAAAGACGCCAUUGCUUUUUUCGGGUUCCUCGGUCAGGGAGGUCCUUCACCUCAGCCAUGGUCUACUCUGUUGACCUGCCAAGGUGCCAAGGUUUUGGGAUUACAGGAACGGUUCAUUCCCCUGUCCCUCGAGGAAUACUCUUGUCCACCAAAAAAAGACUCUCCCACACGGAUGGAUCUUGAACUCCUGAAAAAAAUCUCUUAGCCAAAAGUGAGCCUUUACUAGAUGUGAAUCAACAACACAACCAGCGAAUGAAUGUGAAUUUAUGAACGUAAUUUAUUCUGGCAAACUAGUGUUAAUGGACUGAACAAGUAUUUGUUAUGUGAGUGGAUGUGCUUGUCUUGUUUGUUUGUCAUUUUGUCCUGCGUGAUUGUGGUUUGUCGUAAAUGUUAUCGUACAGCACAAAGUGAUGCACUUUUUGAAUACAUGCAAAACAUUUUUUUAACUGGAUAACAAAUGGACAGCACAAGCUAGAAGUACAUCACAAAUUCUGUAAUUCGAUGGCUUCUUUUUCUCCUCAAACAAUCUUCAGGUUUAAAUGACAAUUUUCUUUCUCCGUUAUUUAUUCCUUAUGAUUCAGUGGGACAUGCCGUUAUUUAAUUGUCAUUCUGCUGCUCACAGACCAGUUAAUCUGCAGUAUUUACAGUACUUUCAAAGUUGACUAAUAAACCGUAUUUAUGUUUCAUUUUUCAUGAAACAUUAAAUGCA